AUGUUGGAACUUGCUAUCGAUGUCUGGUUGAUCUUGCUGGCCUCGGCGGUGUUCGUACUGGUAAGGCACCAUGUGCACAGAAGGAACAUGCCGCCUGGGCCGCGCGGGCUGCCGUUCAUCGGAAACAAGCACCAGGUUCCGUCUAUCAAGCCUUGGCGAAGAUUCGCGGAGUGGAACAGGCAGUACGGCCCUGUGGUGUCGCUUCACCUAGGAAGUACUCCUGUGAUCGUGCUCGGUACCGCACAGGCAGCAUGGGAUUUACUUGAGAAGAGGUCCGAGAUCUACUCGAGUCGUCCGCGCUUUGUCGUCGCAGGAGAAAUAUUGUCAGACAAUAUGCGUGGGCUUAUGCUACCGUACGGUGAGGGCUGGCGCAGAUGGCGGAAGGUCCUGCACUCUGGCUUCCAUUCGAGGCGCGCAGACACCUACAACGAGAUACAGUCGUUGGAGUCUAUUGUACUCUUGCAUGACCUUAUGACUGAUCCGGCGCAUUUUGAGCGCCACUUACAACGAUACUCCGCAAGCGUCGCCACCUUCGUCGCAUACGGUCGUCGCGUCAAGAGCGUGGAUGAGUGGAUCGUGAAGGAAAACAUGGCUGCGAUGGACUGGAAGGACACUAACGUCGCAUGCAGCAUUCCAGGAAAGUACCUUGUGGAGUCGUGGCCGUGGCUUUUGAAACUUCCUCGCUCUCUGCAAUGGUUCCGACACGAGCCCGAGGAGCAUCGCCAAAGGGACAUCGCGCUGCUCACACAUCUUCUGGACGACGUCAAGAAGCGGAUGGCAGAUGGCACCGCUCCCGAAUGCCUGACAUCUCAGACUGUGGCCAACCAGUCUAAAAAUGGGUUGUCGGACCUGGAUAUCGCGUAUACUGUGUCGUCGCCGUUCGGCGCAGGUAUCGAGACUACCGCUGGGACGCUAUGCGUCUUCUUCUUGGCCAUGCUGCAUUUCCCGGAAGCCAUGCGCAAGGCACAGGCAGAACUGGACGCUGUCGUUGGGGCCGACCGUCUGCCGGGAUAUGAGGACCGAGAGCGUCUGCCGUACCUCAAGGCGGUGAUCAAUGAGACGUUGAGGUGGCGACCUAUCGCGGUUCUAGGCGGCACACCGCACGCGGUGACCGCUGACGACGAGUACAAUGGAAUGUUCAUACCAAGAGGUUCUACCGUCUUCGCAAACCUCGCUGGCAUCAUGCAAGACCCCGUCAUGUUUCCCUCCCCCGACGAGUUCCGGCCAGAGCGCUUCCUCGAGAGCGACGACCCGCGCAUGAAGGACUUCGACCUCCCCUUCGGCUUCGGCAGGAGGAUUUGUGUAGGCAUGCAUCUGGCACACAACUCCCUCUUCAUCGCUGUGGCGAGGCUGUUGUGGGCCUUCACCAUCCUCCCUGCUCUUGACGUGGCCGGAAUGCCGGUGUUUCCGGAUCCAUGGAACUUUACCAACGGGUUCAACUCAAAGCCAAUCAGCUUCGAAUGUCGGGUGAAAGCCAGGAGUGCGGGUGUUGGCGGUCGCAUCGGAAAAGAGUGGGAAAGCGCGACUGAACGGCUGGAGAAAUGGAACUGUUGA